CAGCACUGAUCCAGCAUAUAGAGAUCGGUACUUUUAUCGUCGUGGCAAAACAAUUGUUGGAGUUUGAAGGAACUUUUAUAUAGAUCAUAAAAAUGAUACUAAAAUCUAUUAUACUAAUUGGAGGUCCUUUAAAAGGAACCAGAUUUAGACCCCUUUCUUUAGAUAUACCGAAGCCAUUGUUUCCAGUCGCUGGAUUGCCUGUAAUACAGCAUCAUAUAGAAGCAUGUUCAAAGGUGGAAAAUCUUAGCGAAAUAUUGAUUAUUGGGUCUUAUCUUGCGAGUGACAUGUCUCAAUUUAUUCAAGAAAUGACGAAUAUGUAUGGUAUAAUCAUUAGGUAUCUUCAAGAAUUUACGCAACUGGGAACUGCAGGGGGCAUGUAUCAUUUCCGUGAUCAAAUACGAUCUGGUAACCCUACAUAUUUCUUUGUGAUGAAUGGCGAUGUAUGUGCUGAUUUUCCCUUGCAAGAGAUAGUUGAAUUUCAUACAAAGAAACAGGCAUUGCUCACUAUCAUGGCUACAGAAGCAACGAGACAACAGUCCUUGAAUUACGGUUGUAUGGUCCUUGGUAAAGAAGGAGAGGUUGCUCAUUAUGUAGAGAAACCAUCAACAUUUGUGUCAACAUUGAUCAACUGUGGUGUCUAUCUUGCUUCUCCAGAAAUUUUCCAAACUAUGGCAGAUGCUUUUUAUGCCAAACAGCAACAGGAGAAUUUUAUACAGUUUAAUGAUAAUGGUAGAGAUCCAGCUCACAUAUCUUUCGAGCAAGAUAUAUUAACACGAUUAGCAGGAACUGGACGCUUAUUUGCAUUGCCUGUUUUGAGAUGGUGGUCGCAAGUUAAAACGGCCAGUUCUGCUAUAUAUGCCAACCGUCAUUAUUUAACUCUUUACAAGAAAAAUCACUCUAAUCGUCUCUCUCCUACAACUAAUGAAUUUCAUCAUAUCAUUGGCGAUGUUUAUAUUCAUCCUUCAGCUACUGUACAUCCAACAGCAGUGUUGGGUCCGAAUGUGAGCAUAGGUCCAAAUGCUAUUAUUGCACCUGGAGUUAGGAUCAGAGAGUCGAUUAUAUUAGCUAAUGUUCACAUUCAAGCACAUUCCAUUGUCUUGCAUAGUAUAGUAGGAAGAAGUAGUUAUAUUGGAGAAUGGGCGCGUAUAGAGGGGACGCCGUGUGAUCCCAAUCCUGACAAACCAUUUGCAAAAAUGGAAAACUUGCCCUUGUUUAAUACCAAUGGGAAGCUAAACCCCUCUAUAACGAUUCUCGGCACAAGUGUACGUUUGGCGGCUGAAAAAAUUGUACUGAAUUCCAUUGUCUUACCACACAAAGAACUUACAAAAAACUUUAAGAACGAAAUUAUUCUUUAAAAUAUUUGGAUCUGACGCGUCCAAAUUGAA